AUUUUGUUAAAUACCAGUUGACUUUAGAAACUAUUGAAGUUGUUCUACUAUAUCUACGUUCAAAACUACAUACUUCACACUCAUCACAAGAGCUAUACUUAGUUGAAGAAACAGAAUCUUUUAUUAUUGAUCCUUCAAAUUUAAUCUGUUGUCUCAAUGUGUGGCUUCAGGAUCAGCCUGUUUUACCUAAAGUUGACUUUUUUGUCAACAAAAUAUUAUAUAAUUAUAAUGGCCGAUGGAAGCUUCAUUCAAUAAAGUUACACCACCAACAUCCAUCCGAGCGCGUACCUAUUAGGAAACCAACAAAUUCAAAUAUGCCA